UUUUUCUGGAGAGCCUGCGUUCAGCUGACCAAGGCCAGCGUUUGCUAGCAAAGCCGCAAACUCGACAUUGGUCUCUGGAUUGGUUGUGUUGAGGCCUCUCUAUCUUGCUCUCUGUCCCUCUAUCUUCCAAGAUGGCGCAAUGGGAUCUGAGCUCCAAGAUCGUGCCCUAUCUGGACCGGCACUUGGUGAUUCCCCUGUUGGAGUUCCUCUCCGUGAAGGAGAUCUACAGCGAGACGGAUCUGCUCAAGGCUAAACUGGAUGUGCUGUCAAAAACGAACAUGGUGGAUUUCGUCAUGGAUAUCCAUCAGGUCUUGUAUCCGUGUCAGGAUGAGCCAUUGGCCAAACUACGGGAGAAGCGUGAGACCGUGGUUCAGCGGUUCGAUGUGCUGCAAAACGAGGCCGAGCCCGUUUUGCAGAUGUUUUCCAACAGCGAUGUCACGGCUCAGGCCCAGUCUUCCCGUGAUCCCAAGCAGUUGUUGGACUACGUGACCAAGCACCACAAUUUUAAGCCCGCACUGACGGAUGCGUGCCAUAGCUUUGCCAAGUUCCAAUUUGACUGCGGAAACUAUGCGGGCUGCUUGGAGUACCUGUAUUUUCAACGGGCUCUCAUCCAGGUGACGGAUGCCACUUUCAUGAGUGGAUUGUGGGGUAAAUUGGCCUGCGAGAUCCUGACCCAGAGCUGGGAUGCGGCUUUGGAGGAUUUGAAGCGUUUGCAGAGCUUGAUCGAUGACCCGUCGUUCGGAAAUUCGCUUCAGACCCUGCAACAACGGACGUGGCUGAUUCACUGGUCGCUGUACGUGUUCUUCAACCACCCCAAGGGCAAAGAUUUGAUCAUUGAGCUGUUCCUCCACCAAAAGCAGUACCUCAAUGCCAUCCAGACCACGUGUCCUUGGAUCCUUCGGUAUCUGUCCACGGCUGUCAUCAUCAAUAAGAGCUCCCGCGGCGACGAUAUGAAGGACUUGGUCAAGGUCAUUCAGGAAGAAUCCUACACCUACCGGGACCCCAUCACCUCGUUCAUCGAGGAUCUCUAUGUCAAGUUCGACUUUGACGGGGCCCAACAGAAGCUCCGCGAGUGCGAGACCGUCUUGGCCAACGACUUCUUCUUGGUGGCGUGCAUCGACGAUUUCAUCGAAAACUCGCGUCUCAUGAUCUUCGAGACCUUCUGUCGGAUCCAUCAGUGCAUCAGUAUCGACAUGUUGGCCGCCAAACUGAACAUGACUCCCGGAGAGGCCGAGAAAUGGAUCGUGAACCUGAUCCGGAACGCCAAGUUGGAUGCUAAGAUUGAUUCGCAAUUGGGUCACGUGGUCAUGGGUACCCAAACCAUGUCCCCGUAUCAGCAACUCAUCGAGAAAACCAAGGCCUUGUCCUUUCGCAGUCAAAUGCUGCAAAUGAAUGUGGAAAAGAAGAAGAAAGCCCAAGAGCAACCCAAUUGGGGCAACGAGGGCUUCUAAAUCCGAUCACACAAACUCUCACGUUUUGUUUCUCCAUUUUCGCUCUUGUACGUUUAUUAUAACUUCAUGUAUGCCGAUGAA